AUGAGGGUGCUGUGCCUGCAUGGUAAAGGCACCAGCGGGGCGAUCUUCCACUCCCAAACCUCCUCCUUCCGCUCCCGUCUCGAGGACCUCAACCUCGACUUCGAGUUCAUCAAUGGCCGCUUCCCCUCUGCACCAGCCCCCGGAAUCAAUCUCUUCUACCCACCCCCCUACUUCUCCUUCUGGGAAGACGACUCCCCAGAUGCCGUCCAGGCCACCUGCGCCUGGCUGACGGACCUUAUCGCCCGCCGCGGGCCCUACGAUGCUGUCAUGGCGUUCUCCCAGGGGACCGCCUUAGCCGCCGCAUUGCUCCUCCUGCACCGUGCACACCAUCCCAGCGCACCCCCACCCUUUAAAGCAGCCAUCUUCAUCUGUGGUGGCGCCCCGCUGGCCCUGGUCGAGGGUCUCGGCUUCGACGUUCCUGCCUCCGUGAAAGAGCGGGACCAGUUGUCGCGCACUGCGUUGGCAGCGCAGGCCGAUGCAAGUGCCAUUUUGGCUAGGGGAUCGGCGCGUUGGACGGGGACGGAGACCUGUGAAGCGGUGGAGGAGGGGGAGGGUAUUACGUGCCCGUUCCGUGUCGGAAUUCCUACGGUGCAUGUCUAUGGGGCGAAGGAUCCGAGGUAUGUUGCUGGUCUGCAGUUGGCGGAGCUUUGUCAGCCGGCGAUCAGGAUGGUUUAUGAUCAUGGGGGUGGGCAUGAGAUUCCGCGGCUGGGGGUGGUGAGUGAGAAGAUUGCGGAGUUGGUGCGCUGGGCGUUGUCGGAGGGAAUGUGA